UGAAAAAACGUAUAAAACAAUUAAUAAGAAAAUGGAAUUUAAAAUACAAAAUGCAUAUUUGGAAGUUGGUAAUGAUUUUGAACAAGUGUUUUUCUUAUCAACUGAUGUUGGUACGAAAUUCUAUUUAGGACGUUAUGAGUUUAAUAAAACAUUAACUCAACUUUUAAAUGAUAUCCUACAAAAAGCAACAGAUGCUUUAUAUCCAAAAGAAUUCGAUAUUGUGGAAAAUAAUUAUUGUUUAGCAUGGAUGUCAGAAGAGGAAUUGUAUUAUCGUGCUCAAAUUCGUCAAAUAUUACCCGAUCAACAAAUCAAAUGUUUUUUAAUUGAUGAAGGCUAUGAAGAAACAUUUGAUAAAAAUAAUUUACGAUCAAUACGACACUGGAUGCUCACAAAAUUACCGGCACAAAGUAUUCCAUGUCGUUUAUUUGGCGUACAAUAUAAUUCAUCAAUAUUAGAACGAUUUGAAGAUAUGUACGAAACUUUAUGGGCCAAGUGUAUACAACGAGAUCCUGAUGGAACUCAUGCCGUAUUAUUAAUACAAAAUUGUAAUAAGAAUACGGAUAAUCUGGUAAUAAAUAACAUCGCGCUUGAAGAAACUGAUUCGAAACCGAUUACUUCUGAAGUCUUUCAAGACGAUGAUUUUAUAUUUCAAGAAAUUGAUGGAAGUAAUAGUGAUGAGGAAAUUACCGAUUAUCUUGACACAGCAAAUUCAAACACAUCAAAUAAUAUUUUAGAUUUAGUAAACAUAGACAAAGAAACAGACAUAUCCGAUGAUGAAGGCGUUUAUAUUUAUGAUCCAAAGGAAUUUUAUCAAGGAUUACUUCGUUUCGAAGGGCCUGAUAAAAAAGAGGAUAAAAAUCAAUCGGUGACAGAAUAUUAUAAUAAAAUUAUUGAUCCACAAACUGAAGAAAUAGUUUCUUCGGGAUUGUUACCAACUGUUUUGUGGCAUCAAACUGAAAAUAUAAUUGUAUUAAAAAUACAAUUGGCUGAUAUUAAAAAUUAUGACUUAUUGAUUACCAAAGAUUCAUUGUUAUUCAGAACUGAUUUUCAUGGAAAGUUUUAUGAGUUAAAUUUAUCUUUGUACGAAGAUAUUGAUGAAACAAAUUAUUUUGACGAAGCCAAAGGCUUGGAAAUUGUUAUUAAAUUAACAAAAUUAAGUAAAGGUAGUAAAUGGCCUCGUUUAUUGAAAAGUAAACAACGUUUCCGUAACAUUAAACUGAAUGUUGACUUGGCGUUGUCUGAUGACGAAGAAGAUGGUGAAAAAUUUGUACCAUUCUUAAGAGAAUUCUCACAAUUAGAGGAUGAUGAAACUGACGAAGAUGAAUAUCGUUACGAGAUCGGAUCUGAUGAGGAUGAUAGCAGUGAUUGGUAUAGUGAUCAAGAUUGUGAUUCCUAGACAUUCAAAAUUUCUUAACAUUCCAAAAAAUAAUUAUAGAUUAAGCCAUAUUUUUUAUUGGAAUUUUCUAAAUUUUGAUCUGGUCUUAUUCCAAACUUCAAGGACUGAUUUUUACAUGACAUAUUUUCUUUUUAAGUUGAUACAUUUGUUUUUUUUUUUUUUUCAUGUGGUCCAAAAGUUUUAACUUUGUUAUGCAAAUAUUGGUUAAAAAUAUUUGGGAGGACCUCUCAUUAACUCCCAUUUGUUCCUGAAUUAAGUUUAUUUAGUUUUUUUUUUGUUAAUAGUUACCAUUAGGUG